AUGGUCGGGCGGCGCCCAACCCUCGCCGCUCUGGGCACCCUGGCGGCCAACAUGCCCUGGCCGCUGAUCCCGGGGUCGCGGACGGUGCUGGACCAGGGGGGGGGGCCGGUCACGGGCGUUACCGCGAAUAAUAAGAGCAUGGGCUCGAGUUUCUCGAUCAAGUGCGACUUUGGCACCAACGUGCAGUGCGAUACGGGCGAGACCGAGAUCCUGCAGGGCCAGACCUGCACGGCCGCGUGCGGGUCUGGCCUGACGGCGAUCGCGGGGAAGAGCAGGGUGACGGGGAACACCGACCUCACGUGCCUCAGCUCCAGCUGCUCGGGCGUGUCGUGCAGCUACGCCGCAAAUCAUCCUGACAACGGCUGGUGGAGUAUCUGCGGCUUUGGGUCCCUGGCGACCUGCGACAAUACCAACACCCUCUCUGGCACCUCCUGCACCCCGGCCACGCCCGCGCCCACAUCCGCGCCCACAUCCGCGCCCUCGCCCGCGCCCACACCCGCGCCCACGCACGCGCCCUCGCCCGCGCCCACGCCCGCGCCCACGCCCGCGCCCUCGCCCGCGCCCACGCCCGCGCCCUCGCCCGCGCCCACGCCCGCGCCCACGCCCACGCCCGCGCCCACGCCCGCGCCCACGCCCGCGCCCACGCUCGUGGGCGCGACUCUGACCUCCGUGACCGCGAGCGCGACGACCACGACCAUCGUGACGGCCACGAUGACCGCGUCGGCGACAUCGGCCUCCACGUCUGCGACCUUCACGUCUGCGUCUGCGACCACGGGCGAGGAUGGCGCCCUCACCACGGAGCCUGACAGCACCACGGCCUCUGCGAUCGCGAGCGCCGCCGGCACGUCCAUGAUGGACGCCGACACGUCUACGUCUGCGGGCGACGAGAACCGCGCCGACGCCAGCGGCGCCGCCCUCCCCGCGAACCUGGCCGCGAGGAGGGCGGCGCGGUGGCUGGCGAUGGCCGCGCUGUGGCUGAGCGUCUCGCGCGCGGGGGGCCCGCCCUGAGAGUUCGAACCGCCCCGUAUAGGGGGACACGCCCGACUUCACCCUGGGCCACCGGGGCCUGCUGACAGCCAGCGCGGUGGCUUCCCAGACCUCCAGAGGCUCGUUGUUUUCGAGUCUCGGGUCCAGGGCAACGCCAGUCAGGGGCGAUGCCCCCCCAUCCAGACCCCGGACCUCCCGAGGCCUCGGACAAUUCCUGCAGCGUCUCGCCGCGCAGCCUGCCCCGCCGCCAGCCCGCCGCCGGGCGCCGCACCAGCAGUGUGCGGGGCCCACCCCUCGCCCAAUGGCGUUGUUCGCCGAGGCUGUUUUUCGGCUUUUCGAGCGCCCGCUCGCGGGAGCUCCACCCCGCGGGGAGGAACAAAAAUAUGCCUUCUCGUCUG